AGAAACGGAGAUCGCCCGCUUGGUUGACGAGUCAGGCGGACCACGUGUGCGUGCUCUGAUUGGCUGCUCCUCUCUGUUGUAAGCUCGAACGUUGAGCCGGCGCCGACCAUCUCAAGGACAACCUGUUGACUGCAGCCUGGACGCCCGGCACCAGCACCACCGCCCAUCAGGAGCCGCCAGGUCCAGUCCCCGCUCUCUCCUUAUAAUAGCUCGUCAAAUGCAUGGUCCAUUGAGCACAUUCGCAUCUCAUCUCCAACAUAAUCCAUCGAUCGAUCAACCAACACCUCCUGAUCUAGUAGCCUGACGCGAGCUGACGGUUUACUGCCAUGGCAAUGGCAGCUCGCGCGCUGCUCCCCGUCUCCCUCCUCCUCAGCUCCCUCUUCUCAGGGGCAUUGUCCACGACGUUCACGCUGACCAACUCCUGCAGCUACACGGUGUGGCCGGGGCUCCUAUCGAGCGCGGGCACGCCGGCGCUGGGCACCACGGGCUUCGCGCUGGCGCCGGGGGAGUCGCGCGCCGUGGACGCGCCCGGGGCGUGGUCAGGCCGCAUCUGGGCGCGCACGCUCUGCUCCACGAACGACCAGGGCCGCUUCACCUGCGCCACGGGCGACUGCGGCUCGGGAGCCAUCGAGUGCUCGGGCGGCGGCGCGGCCCCGCCCUGCUCGCUCGCGGAGUUCACCCUGGCCGGCUCCGGCGGGAACGACUUCUACGACGUGAGCCUCGUGGACGGCUCCAACCUGCCCAUGGUCGUGGUGCCGCAGGGCGGCGGCGGCUCGGGCUGCGGCACCACGGGGUGCAUGGUGGACGUGAACGUGCCGUGCCCCGCGGAUCUCAAGGUGGCCGGGCCUGACGGCGCCACGAUCGCGUGCAAGAGCGCGUGCGAGGCGUUCGGGCGGCCCGAGGACUGCUGCAGCGGGCCGGAGUUCGGGACCCCGGAGGCGUGCCGCUCGUCGUCUUACUCGCUCUUCUUCAAGAACGCGUGCCCGAGGGCUUACAGCUACGCCUACGACGACGCCACGUCCACCUUCACCUGCGCCACCGGCUCCGCCAGCUACCUCAUCGAGUUCUGCCCCAGCAUCUCCAGCCUCAAGUCGUCGGUCGGCGGCACGAACGCCUCGCCGGCGUUGCCCGUCGUCAACGACUCGGUCUCCUACCUCGGCCAUAACCGCGACCGGAGCGGCAGUGGGUCGUGGUACACGCCGAGCUCGAGCCACGCAUCGCCGUCGUCGGCGCCGGGCCCUCUGGCUCUCGCGGCGUUCGCCGCCGUAUCCACGUGGCUGAUCUGCAGCGCCCGGCGCCACUGACUGUUGCCAGCCCAGUGCAUGCCGCCCUGGGAGGCGUUCCCAGAGGCCAGAACGCAGCUGCAUGCGCGCGCGUCACGGGCCAUGUGCCGGGCCGACACUUUGACCUCGGGCCGCAGGAUCACUUGUAUAGAUUAUUUGUGGAUCGCAGUAGUGUAUGGUUUUGCAAGCAAAGUAGUACUGCUGGCUGGAGUAACUAAUCAAGCCACCUCCAGAUUGCAGCAAGCAAAUUGCCUUUUUUACACCAGUGAGGCGGGAAUAUCGGCAGAGCAGAACAGAACCAGGUGAGCUGGGGCGACGUCUACGCACGCAGGUGGGUCGGUGGAUUGAUCACAUGAGUUCAACAUCAAGAGCAAACAGAGUCAAACAGCAUCGUUUGGCCUUCUGGUUCUGUUUCUGGAUCCGGAGUUCCCGAACCAGCUGCUGCAUGUGUGCUCCGCGGCGCGGCCCAUUUCCUGCUUCCGUGCUCCAUUGACGCCUUCUGGUUCUGUUUCUGAAAGGAGAUGUGGCUAUUGCUUGUCGUCUUGCACGGCUGCACCGUCAGAGUUUCAGCGCUGCGUCGUCACUCAGGUCUGCAGCGCGUAGGCGCGCCAGGGUGAAAAGCGAGGCAGUCAGGCAGAUGCUGAUUCUUCUGCC